AUGACACCGACAAACAGUACUUCUGAUUUAACAUUCUCGAGAGCACAACAAACAUCUCAACCAGCUUUAAAACUCUUAAGACGAUCAUCUGUAUCAAGUACAACACAAAGACAAAAUUUCUGCAAUAAUAAUAAACGAUGUCGUCCAAAUCCUUCAGCAUCCACUUAUGAUUUUCUUAGCCAAGGUUCAUCUUCAUCUCUUUCUAUACCUAUUCUCAGUGAUACAAUGAAUAAUUUCUUUCAAGCAACAAAAACCAUGGAAGAAGAAAUCAUGUUACCAUCAAGACUAAAAGAUAUACCAGUUGAAGAACUCGUUUUUGAUAAUGCCGUUCAACCAGAUAAUUGGCAUGAUAUUUAUACAUUUGUUCGAGGUAUGCGAAAUCAACUGCAGCGCUCAUAUCCAUUUGCUACUGAUGAUGAUGAUGACAAUAAUAAUAAUUCGAAAGAACAACACCGAAAACAGUCUAAUGACGACGAAGGAAUUAUUAUUCCAUAUCAUGAUAAUAAUCAAUUUUCAUCUGCAUCAUCAACAACAUCAUCAGAUGAAUUCGAUCGUAGUUCAACAUCCUCAGCUUCAACACCAUAUGAAACAAUUAAAGAUGAACUUAAAUGCCAUUACUAUGGUCUUUUUCGAACAUUGGAUACGUUAAUGUCUAUGGCUAAUCGUGUGACGGAAAAGUAUCGCGAAGAGUCUACCUUUUAA